AUGGAUCAAAUUCUUCUCAAGGCAAGCAAUCAAGCAGUAUCAUUUGCCAUUAGAUCAGGAAUUUCUCUUGCUUCAGGAUAUGCCAUUAAAACCAUUUCAACAUUUUUAGAUAAAAUUCCUGAACUGUCCAAAUUACAUCAAAAAAUUAUCAUUAAACAAAAAAAACUUAAAUCCAAAAUCGAUAUAAUCACAAUAACGAUUGAUUUAAUAAAAUUGGCAGCUAUUAAAGGUGGUGGCAAUGGUAAUGGUAAUAGUGGUGGGAAUACAAUUUUACAAAAUAGUUUACAAUUAAUCAAUGAUUUACAAAUUGAAUUUAAUGAAUUUGAUAAUAAUAUUAAUGAACUUAUUAAGAAUUUAAGUGGUAAUAAUGAAAAAGAAUCAAUUAAACAAGUUGAAAAUUAUAUGAAUUCUUUGUUGGAUGAUAUUAAUGAAGCUAUUCCUAUACUUAAUUUAGUUUUAGUCACUCUGGGAGUUAAUUUUAAUGGUAAUGUUAAUAUUCAUGGGAUAUCACCAGGAAGAUUACUUCAAGCUGCAAAUUAUAUAAAUAAUUCUAGUGGUGGUGGUGAUAAUGAUGAUGAUAAUGAUAAUAGUACGAUUGGACCAGUUUUUGAUUUAGUCACAUAUUCAAUAUUUUAUAAUCCAAGUCGAUUAAAAUAUAUUGAUGGUGAAAUUGAUGAAUUGGCUUGUAUUAAUUGGAAAGAAACUUAUGCGAGAAGUUCAGUUAGUAUUAAGAAAUUAAAAGAUUAUCAUUAUCAAUUGACGAUAAUUGAAGAUUUUAAUGAUGGUAGAUAUCAUGAUGAUGAAGACGAUAAGGAGAACAAGCCAGGGGAAAUGGUGAUCGAUUUAAAUUCUGUUCAACUGAUGUUUUUCACAGCAUCAGGAAAAUUAUUAAGACUUGAAGAAAGAAGUUCACCAGUUUUGAUUAUUAAAAUAUUGAAAAAUGGUGUUGAAGAAUGGAUAGCACUAGGUGAACUCAAUCAAGGAGAAUUUGAUGAUGAUGAAGAUGAAGAUGAAGAUAGUCAAGAUGAAGAUACCAAAAAACCCGUGAACAAGAUCAACGCCAAACUUAUUAAAAAUAGUAGUCUUUCAUUACUUGAGUAUCUCAUACGUUUAUGUCGAUUACAAGAAAUUGAAUGUAAAUCAAUUUUAGAAAUCCCUGAUGAAAUUUUAUCUUUUUAUCUUCAUGAUAAAGUAAAUGAUCUCAGUGAUUCCGGAUAUUUACCUAAAUCUUUAUCACAAAGACAAAAAGAUGAAUUGAAAAAAAUGAAUAAAGAAAACACUAUGACUAUGGAUUCUAAUAUUAAUCGAUUAAAAAAUCUUGAUAUAAAAGAACCAAAGAAAAAUUGA